AUCUAUGCCCUGACCCCUAGGCCGCCACUCCCCUUCAGCAAAUUUGAACAUUUUAGUUUCCGGGGGGAAAAACAGGCCGUACAAUUUUACCUUUUUUAGUAAAGGGCGUACAAUGUAUGGCUGUAUAUAUGGCUAGCUAAAAGCCCUUUCCAGAAGACAGAGCAGCAUUGACUGUUCAGUUAUAACAUGUGAUGUCAGUGCUGCAGUGCAUGCUGGGGGAUGUAUUUCUAUUCUGGUUAUAUGGAGUUUGAUCAUCACAUGGAUGUUUAAGGUGAAGUGUCCUUUUUUUAACCUACGAAUAGAAAGUCUUUCUCCUGUGUUUGUUUUUCCAGACCGCCUCCAGGAUUAUGAUGGAAAAGAAGAGGUUUUCUCUGAGCAGUGGUCCUCUGAACAGGAAAGGAGAUCCAGGUUGGAUCAAGCGGAACCAGAACCUCUGCAGAUAGGAGAACAGCAAAAGCCAGAACAUCACGGGACAAGAGAGGAAACCAUGGAGCUCCUCAUUAGUGAGCACGAAGAGCAGGUUGUUUUGGAACAGAAGACUUUAAAUACUGGAAAGAAACCUUUAACAUGUUUGACAUGUGGAAAAGUGUUUCUAAAAAAAGGCAAUUUAAUGGUUCACAUUAGAACUCACACAGGUGAGAAGCCUUUCGAAUGUCUGUCCUGUGGAAAAAAAUUCACUGUGAAAUCUAAUCUUGAAGCCCACAUGAGAAUUCACACAGGUAGGAAGCCUUUCCAAUGUCUGUCCUGUGGAAAAGAAUUCACUCAGAAAUCUAAUCUUGAAGCCCACAUGAGAAUUCACACAGGCGAGAAGCCUUUCGAAUGUCUGUCCUGUGGAAAAGAAUUCACUCAGAAAUCUAAUCUUGAAACCCACAUGAGACUUCACACAGGCGAGAAGCCUUUCCAAUGUCUGUCCUGUGGAAAAGAAUUCACUCAGAAAUCUAGUCUUGAAACCCACAUGAGAAUUCACACAGGCGAGAAGCCUUUCGAAUGUCUGUCCUGUGGAAAAGAAUUCACUGUGAAAUCUAAUCUUGAAACCCACAUGAGAAUUCACACAGGCGAGAAGCCUUUCGAAUGUCUGUCCUGUGGAAAAGAAUUCACUGUGAAAUCUAGCCUUGAAACCCACAUGAGAAUUCACACAGGCGAGAAGCCUUUCGAAUGUCUGUCCUGUGGAAAAGAAUUCACUGUGAAAUCUAGUUAUCUGGGAACGAGAGGCUCUUGA